ACUUGCACCGGCAAACAUAUGGAGUACUACUGCUUCCUCCUGCUCUGGAUCUGCAGCCAGAAGAUAGGCUUCCAUGACUGCUUCAAUAUCGACACAAAGAACCACAGGAUCAUCAAAGGCCCGAAACAAGCCCAGUUCGGAUACACUGUUCAGCAACACGUUGCUGGAGGAGAAACGUGGUUAUUAGUGGGCGCUCCGUAUGAAAUGAAUGGCCCCUACCAGACAGGGGAUAUUUAUAAAUGUUCACUGAGCCGACGAACCAAUGGCAAUGGUUGUUCCAAGCUCAACUUAGGAAGGAUAUCUCUGACCAACGUAUCAGAGCGGAAGGACAAGAUGCGGCUGGGGAUGACGCUCACAUCGAACCCCAAAGACAACAGCUUUGUGGCCUGUGGGCCGCUAUGGUCCUACGAGUGCGGCAGCUCUUACUACAGCACUGGCAUAUGCUCCAGAGUCAACGCCAGCUUUAAGUUCUCCAGGACGAUUGCGCCUGCCUUUCAGAGAUGCGAGACCUAUAUGGACAUAGUGAUCGUUCUGGAUGGCUCAAACUCCAUCUACCCCUGGUAUGAAGUGCAGGCUUUUCUCAUCCACAUUCUUCAGAAGUUCUAUAUUGGACCCGGUCAAAUACAGGUUGGAGUUGUUCAGUAUGGCGAGAAGGUGGUCCAUGAAUUCAAACUCAGCGACUACAAAUCGGUUGAGGAAGUGGUGAAAAGAGCGCGCAGCAUCGACCAACGAGGCGGGGAGGAGACCAACACGGCUCUGGGCAUCAACGUAGCGCGCUCACAAGCUUUCAAACAAGGAGGUCGACGCGGUGCCAAGAAGGUGAUGAUCGUGAUAACGGACGGGGAGUCGCAUGACAGUGCCGAUCUCCAGCAGGCCAUCGAGGACAGUGAGAAGGAUGGCAUCACCCGUUACGCCAUCGCUGUCCUCGGCUACUACAACCGUCGUGGAAUCAACCCCGAGGCCUUCCUCAGUGAGAUCAAGCACAUCGCCAGCGACCCAGAUGACAAACACUUCUUCAACGUGACGGAUGAGUCGGCGCUGAAGGACAUUGUGGACGCACUUGGAGAACGCAUCUUCAGUUUGGAAGGAACCAGUAAGAACGGGACAGCGUUUGGCCUCCAGAUGUCUCAGGCUGGAUUUUCCGCACACAACGUCGAGGACGGGAUUCUGGUCGGCGCGGUCGGCGCUUACGAUUGGAACGGAGCCGUGCUGAAGGAAACGCGACAGGGGAAGGUGGUCCCUCCCAAGUCUUCCUACACCCAGGAGUUCCCCGAAGAGCUCAAAAACCACGGUGCCUACUUGGGUUAUACCGUGACGUCUGUGGUGUCGGCCAAAAAUGGCCGUCUCCUCGUAGCGGGAGCUCCGCGAUUCAACCACACUGGCAAAGUCAUCAUCUUCACUCUGAAGAACUCGGGGAACCUCACCAUCCUGCACUCUCUCAAAGGCCAGCAGAUCGGCUCCUACUACGGCAGCGAGAUUGCGCCUCUGGAUAUCGACGGAGACGGCGUCACCGACAACCUUUUGGUGGCGGCGCCCAUGUUCUUCAGUGGCGGCAUGGAGAAGGGAAAGGUCUAUAUCUACAGAUUGACAGAGCUGAAUCGGUUCAUCCUCGAGGGGUCUCUGGAAAUCCACAACGGUGGCCAGAACGCUCGCUUUGGCUCAUCGCUCGCUCCUGUGCCAGAUCUGAACGGCGACGGCUUCAAUGACUUGGUGGUGGGAGCCCCGCUGGAAGAUGACCACAAAGGAGCCAUUUAUGUCUUCUUCAGCCAGCACAACAGAAUAAUACGUAAAUACAAACAGAGGAUAGCAGCAGCAGAUUUGGCUUCCGGCCUGCUGUACUUUGGCCGCAGUAUUCACGGCACAAUGGACAUGAACAAUGACGGCUUAGUGGACCUGGCAGUCGGUUCCCUCGGUGCUGCUGUUCUCCUUUGGUCACAGAGCGUCGUCCGGAUAUACACCACGGUCAGGUUUGAGCCCAGUAAGAUCAACAUCUUUGUGAAGGACUGUCAGAGAGGUGGCAAAGACGUGACCUGUAUGUCAGCCAUUGUCUGUUUCAACAUCACCGCCAGGACGGCCAUUCCUCCCACACAGGAAAUUGGGAUCAAAUAUAAUGUCUCUAUUGCGGAGAGACGUUUCAAUCCUCGGGCCGUGCUGGACAACCCGCACAAGCUGCAGCCUCAGAACCUGACCAUCUUCCCCGGGGAAGAGACCUGCGAACACGUCUACUUCCACGUCAUGGAGACCACAGACUACGCACGGCCCAUAGUGUUUUCUGCACAAGUGGGGCUCCAAGAUCCAUCCCAGGGACCCGUUCUAGACGACAGCUGGCCGACUGUGGUGAGGACUGAGCUGCCCUUCUGGAACGGCUGUGACGAGGACGACCGCUGCAUACCGGACCUGGCUCUGCAGAGCAUGACCGACCUGAUGACUCGAAGUCACUUCUGUGCGCAGCCUGUGCAGGCUCGUGGGGCGUUCUGCCGCCAUGCGAGUGAAGGAGGCAGCGAGGGGUCUCUGCGGGUGCUGGAGGGCAACAGGAGGAGGAUGGUGGUGGACGUCCGACUGGAGAACAAAGGAGAGAACGCCUACAACGCUCGCCUGAAUAUCACCUACACACCCAAUCUACGCUUCUCCAGCCUCAUCGUCAAGGACAACUCUGACAUCAAAAUCGAGUGUUUCGUCGAGGACAAACUGAGGAAUGAGAAGAUCUGCAACGUCAGUGCGCCGUUCAUGAGGGCCAAAAUUCAGGUAUCAUUUCGUCUGGAGUUUGAGUUCAGCCGUACGGUCUUCCUCGAGCACGUCAGGGUCCUCCUGGAGGCCAGAAGCGAUGGCGAGGAGAUGAGCACAGCUGAUAAUUUCAACGACAUCUAUUACUCACUGAAAUACGAGGGAGACCUUCUCUUCACUAGGGAUUCAAAUCCGACCCGAUAUGAUAUCAAAUCAGAGCUGUCACUGGAGGAGCCCGGAGUCAUCGGUCCUCCUUUCAACUUCACUUUCCAGAUCCAGAACCUCGGCUACUUUCCCGUCAAGGAUCUGCAGCUGAACAUUGAGAUCCCUGAAAUGACCAAAAAUGGGAACCAACUCCUGCAGAUAUCCGACUUCUACAUCGACCAGAGAGACGGAUCACGCUGUUUACCACCUCAGCAUGUGGCCCAGAGCCGGGCGUCACCCGAGGACCUUUCUCGCUUCUCCCGCUUGAACCGGUCCAACACUCUCACUCUGCCGAUCCGAUGCACCAUCAACGUGGCCUCCUACAGAGAAAUUGCAGUUCGAAUCUCAGGAGCGCUCCGAAUAGACACCUUACAUGCACUGAAGUUCAAAAUCCUGGAACUGGGAACCAGUGCGUCCGUGGAGCUUCCCUCCUCCAGUCCCAUGUUUUUACACGACGAGAGGCCUGUCAGACAUAUAAUAUUGGAGAUCAGGAAGGAGGGCGAUUACAGAAUCUCUAACUGGAUUAUCAUUGGUAGCACGCUGGGAGGACUCUUAUUGUUAGCCCUGCUCAGUCUCGCCUUAUGGAAGAUGGGCUUCUUCCGGAGGCAGAAGCGGAGGGACGAGGACGAGCAGGAGCCCAGCGGGAAAGUGCCCGGAGAACGGUAA